AGGCGGACGGGAGCGAUUGGCGCAGGUCGACGCCAAUGGAAUGACGUCAGCGAUUGGCCUGGAAACGGGGGAGGAGGAGCUCGGGCGCUGGCCACGCCCCCUUGGGUCCCUGGGCGAGAGCGAGGCUGCUGGAGGGCGGCGGGGCGAGGAGGAGGGAGGGAGUGCGACCUGUGGGCAGCUGCUGGGGCGACGCUGCUCGACUCAGCCGUGCCGAAAUUGCAUCUGGUUAAGGACUGAAUUGAUACAUUGUAGCAGAAUAAAGUGAUAUAAUUGCUGCCAAAGAGAUGGCUCUGCCGUUCAAAAAGGAUCUGGAGAAAUAUAAAGAUAUUGAUGAGGAUGAACUUCUUGGCAAACUGAGUGAAGAAGAAUUGAAGCAACUUGAAAAUACCCUUGAGGAACUGGAUCCAGAGCAUGCACUCCUGCCAGCAGGCUUUCGUCAGAAGGACCAGACUGUCAAAUCCCCAACGGGCCCCUUUAAUAGAGAUCAGCUUCUCUUAUUCUUGGAGAAGGAGGCCUUGGAAUACAAGGAUAGAGAAGAUUUUGUGCCUUUCACUGGAGAGAAAAAAGGAAAGUUAUGGAUGCCCAAGCAGAAACCCAUAGAGCAGCAUGUAGAAGAGAAAGUAAUUUUGGAUCCAGAACUGGAAGAAGCUUUGACCAGUGCAUCAGAUACUGAGCUCUGUGACCUUGCAGCUAUUCUAGGAAUGCACACUUUGACCAACACUCAUUACUGUGAUUCAGUUGAUGGAAACAAAGGGGGUUUGAACAAUGUUGUCAAAGGUGAGAAGGUCAAACCUGUUUUGGAUGAACCUCCCAACCCAACAAAUGUAGAAGAAAGUUUACAGCGAAUAAAAGCCAAUGAUCCUGGCCUUGUGGAAGUUAAUCUUAAUAACAUUAAGAAUAUUCCAAUUCCAACGUUAAAAGAUUUUGCGGAAGCUUUGAAAAAGAAUUCUCAUCUGAAGAAGUUUAGUUUGGCAGCGACUCGGAGCAAUGAUCCCAUUGCUUUCGCUUUAGCAGAUAUGCUACGAGUAAAUACAACACUUAGAAGUUUAAAUAUUGAGUCAAACUUCAUCACUGGUGUUGGAAUACAGGCAAUCAUAGAUGCACUGAAAGAAAAUGAAACCUUAAUGGAGAUCAAGAUUGAUAAUCAGCGCCAGCAACUAGGUGCAACAGUUGAAAUGGAGAUGGCACAAAUGUUGGAAACAAACACCUCAGUCUUGAAAUUUGGGUAUCAGUUUAUGCAACAAGGACCGCGAACAAGGGCAGCAGCAGCCAUAACUAAAAACAAUGAUUUGGUUCGCAAAAAGCGAGUUGAAAGAGUUACAUAUUAAUGGUAUUCUGGAGCCUGUGCCUGCCUGGUGCUGUAUUUCAUCCUAUGGAAGAUCCACUACAGUGUAUUGGGCAAGUUGCCAAGCCUAGGUCAAGGCAUUCAUAUAUUUGCUGUCUGGGUAGAAGGGAAAAGACUGGAAUUUAACUCCUCCACUGUUCUAGUAGUAAGUGUAGUUUGACAGUAACUUUUACCCGCAAACAUCACACUUUUUUCUUUAACUUUUUUCAGGUGACCUCAUGAAUAGCACCAAACUAUCUUGAUAUGCAAAAAUGUUAGAUUAAAAUAUCCAGUACAGGAAAAAUGUUUGACUUGAAAUUUGCACUGUGCCCAACAUCAAGUAUUUUUUAAUCUUUUUUAAACUGUAAUUAAAAUUGUGCUAAAAUUAUAGUGUCUUGUGCAGUUAAGUGUAAUUUUUGUACUGCAUUUAAGCUUCCAAUGUAACUCAGACAAAAUACUUUUUUUUAAUUUUGUAUUAAUUAAAAGCUGUAAUGAGGUUUGUUUUGGGACUUUGAUUUGCCUGUACUGUGCAGAGUUAAACCAUGACCACAGAAGGUAUCUGAGUUUCUACAUGAAUGUGGGAAGAACAGUUCAAAUCAAGUCUCAACACAAGUAAUUCUUCGGACUUCCUGCCAAAAAAGCUGCUUGCAAAUGUUAAAUUCAUUGAUAGUCUUCUGCUGCAAAUUAAUUUUAUUACCAAAAUGAUUUGCUUCGAUGGAAACUGUUAGAAGAAAGUAAUAAAAUACUUGUAGAUAAUCUGAAUGGACUAUGGUAGUUGGCACUAGUCAUAACUGUUUAACCAAAGAUCUAUAAAUCUGGACUUUGACAGUUUUAUUCUCCUAAUGUAUUAAGUAUUGAAACCUGCAUACAGUUUCAGUAGGCAAGUUAGAUUCUAUGAAGUACAGAAGCUAAUAGUAUUGGGGAAACAUCUAAACAAUGCCCACACCAGGUGUUAAUGGUUUGUAAAAAAUAAAAAAUGCAAAAGAUCCAUGCCAACUUGCGCUGAAAGCUCUGUGCAGUAAAAAAAAAAGUUAUGCCCCUUUAAAGUUUAUAUUUGCUGAUUAUUUUAAAGUUUGUCUAAUGUUUGUAUAUAUUUAAAAAAAACCUGUGGCAGCAUGACUAAUAUUACAGGAAAUAUUCUGAAUGCUAGAAAAUCCAUGCACAUGCCUGCAUUUUGUGGUAGGUUGCUUAAAGGACCAAGUUGUGAAUGCUGUCUGAAAGUCCUAGGCCUUGAGCGUUUGUGUGGUUAAGCUAUGUUAUGAUAACAUAAUGAAUAGCUAUGUCAUUGUUUGUAAGCCCAUGUAUAAUGUUUUCCUUAUCAGCUAAUGCAUUGCAUUGAUGUGGUGGUUCUUUCAAACAUUCACUUAAUGGGAUUUUAUAAAGUUGUUAACUGCUGAACUGUCUGAAAUUUGAGCUUAAAUCAUACAAAAGAUAUUGUCUGAUCAUGAAUGAGAAUCUGACUUGUGGUAGUAAUUGUUCACAAACUAAAAAUUGAUUGUUUAAUGUAAUUGUAUCACAUACCCUUAUUUCUGAAAUGGCAAAAUGUCCUUGCAGAAGGUGUAGGAUUGUGAUUGUUCUGUUUUAUUGAAUAAUUGGUUACAAUCUAAGUAAAAUGCAUAUCAGAACUAAUCUGUUAAAUGAGGGAAGUUUAUGUAAGAUGCAGUGCUGUGUAUAUUUAAAAUGUACAGCAUUCUACAACAAAACCUGAGGGAUAAUAAAGUUUUUCAUACUUAAA